AUGUCUGACUGGUGGUAUUGUAUUUGUGAUCGUAUCUGUUUAGCUCAUCUCCCCUCUUCAACAUUGGGUCUCGGCCUUUCAUAUUGCUGGUGGAUCUGGAAAACUCGAAACGAUUUGGUGUUUAAUGGUACAAGUUGGCCUGCGGAGGCAGUUAAUGGAAAGGCACAAGAAGAUUUUUUUGAGUUUCUAGAGGCUAAUAUCAAGCCUUCCCCUACUCAAGUGGCUUCUUCAAAUCCUGAGACUUUGGUUUGGAGGAGACCCAAGGAAGGCAUGAUAAAAAUUAAUGUUGAUGCAGCGGUAUCAAAGGCAACGAGCACUAUUGGAACAGGAGCAAUUGCUCGGAAUGCGAACGGCUCCAUUUUGGGAAUCUUUAUUAAGUCAUAUGAAGGUCUCACCUCACCUCGGCUUGCGGAGGCUAUGACAAUUAGAAGUGGAAUGAAUUUGGGUGUUGCUCUGAAUGUAGGAUGUGUUCUUAUUGAAUCGGAUGCGGAAUCGAUUGUCCGAAGCUGUUACAUGUCAAAAGAUCCACUCUCUGAUAUUGCAGUUUUGGUACAAGAUUGUUUAGCAUUGAAGGAUUUGUUUCAGUUGUGUGAAUUUAACUUUGUCAAACGUGAUUGUAAUAGGGCUGCACAUGCUUAUGCAAAGAAAGCCUUUUCUUGUAGUUUGUCCGGUCUGUGGACAACUACCUUGCCUCUAUGGGGUUCCUCUCUCUCUGAUGUUUAG